GUGGUUGUCACCCGCCCCAGAACAGAAACAGUAUUUUAAUUUUAUUUUUUCGCUGCCAUUAUGAAAUCUACUCUUCUGCAUUUCGUCUGAUCCUUCUCAGCAACUCUCUGGAAUAUUUUAGUGCUUUAUUGAAAGAGUUUUUGUUUAUUAUUUUCCACACGGACAUUCUGAAACGCUUCGUUCUCUCAGCAACAUGGCAGCUAAAUCUCUGCUGCAUUCCUCUUUUUCACCAAAGCCGUCUUGUUUCUUCAACUCUGAAUCAAAAUCAACCAAGUUCAGAACGUCCCAGUUGGGGUUUAAGCCAAGAAACCUCAAAGCAGAGGACGACGUCAAAUGGGGGGAAAAUAUCUCUUUUUCAAUGAUCAGCAGAGUCAUAAAAACGAAGAAGAAGCAACAGAAAGGAGGCAUGGUGGUGAAGUGUACGGCGGAGGGAAUCGAGAGGAGUUUAUUAAAAAUCGGAGGGAGAGGAGAAACGAAAGUUUUGAUAGCAGAAAGAUACAAGGUGGUGGCGUUACUUGCAUGUGUCAUGUGUUUGUGUAAUGCUGAUAGAGUCGUCAUGUCCGUGGCUAUCGUUCCUCUGGCCGCCAAAUAUGGCUGGUCCAGUGCUUUCCUGGGCAUCGUUCAGUCAUCGUUUUUAUGGGGAUACAUAUUCUCCUCUGUGGUGGGAGGAGUUUUGGUGGAUAAAUACGGAGGAAGAAGAGUGCUGGCAUGUGGGGUGGUGUUAUGGUCUUUGUCUACACUUCUCACUCCCUGGGCUGCCAACCAUUCCACCCUCGCCCUCUUGGCCGCUCGUGCCUUCUUUGGACUGGCCGAAGGUGUCGCUCUCCCAGCCAUGACCACUCUCUCAUCAAGGUGGUUUCCGAGUCAUGAACGGGCAAGUGCAGUAGGAAUCUCCAUGGCUGGAUUUCAUCUUGGCAAUGUUGUUGGUUUGGUUCUUACUCCUGUUAUGUUGGCGACAACUGGGAUCACUGGUCCUUUCUUCCUCUUCUCGUCAAUUGGGCUGCUAUGGAUGACAACAUGGUCAUCUGUCGCCACUGACGAUCCUCGAGAGAGCCCCUUCAUCAGCAAAUCGGAGCUGCGAUUAAUCCAAGCUGGAAAGGCUGAUUCUAUAGAGAAGAAAGGAAAUUUUCCAUCUCUGCGACUGUUAUUGUCAAAAAUGCCAACCUGGGCAAUUAUUGUGGCUAAUAUUACUAACAAUUGGGGAUACUUCGUUCUUCUCACUUGGAUGCCUAUAUAUUUCAAAACGGUAUUCAAUGUGAACUUGAAGCAAGCAGCUUGGUUCAGUGCCGUGCCAUGGGGGACAAUGGCUGUUUGUGGCUACAUUGCUGGUAAAGCAUCGGAUUCCUUAAUCAAAGCAGGCCAUCCCAUAACUUCAGUCCGAAAGAUUAUGCAGUAUGUUUUAACAGUCAAUCGGUUUCAUCGGCCCUGGACUGUCGUUGCUCUGCUUGAACUUUGCCAAGUCGCCGGCAGUGGCAGCUGCACUUAUCACAGCUGCACUGAGCUUCAGCUCUUUCAGCCAGGCAGGAUUUCUUCUAAAUAUGCAAGAAAUAGCACCAGAUUCUGCAGGAUUUCUCCAUGGCAUUUCAAAUUCAGCAGGAACAUUAGCUGCAAUAGUCAGCACAAUUGGAACUGGUUACUUUGUCCAGUGGCUUGGAUCCUUUCAAGCAUUCCUCGCUGUCACUGCCGGUCUAUACUUCGCAGCAACUGUUUUCUGGAACCUGUAUGCGAGCGGUGAACGAGUCUUCUGAAUUGAAAUGCCCAGAAAUCGGAUUGUACCCUGAAGAAUUACCAUUUAAAAAAAAAAAAAUCACCAGUGAACAUAAAAGGUCAUAUAUGCCGUGGAAAUUUUGGAUCAUGUACAACUCAAUAUUCUUUGGUAUCUUUGUGUAGCAAGGCAGGCAAAAUUGUGUCUCGCAUACCGUGAGGUUAUGACUUUGGUUUUUAACCCUGCCUUAUUUUGUUUCUUCUUUAAGAAACAGAUAAAGAAGAAAAUGAAAUUGCGAGAUGGCAUGGGAUAGUUUUGUAUUAAAUGUGUGAAACUAAAAUUACUAAUGCAGUUAUUAUAAAAACCUCGUAUUCUCUUAUA